AUGGCAACAGGAGUCGCAUUAGUACCGUCCGCGCGCCUGUCUGUUGUUGCCGUAAGCCAUCCCUUCACAUUCACUUCAAGACCGGACCAAAGCACCUACAACAGGGCCCGGCUCAGCAUGAUUAUCACCAGGGACCUCUACGGGCUCAUCCCUAAUCUCGCAGAUUGGAUGAAAAUGAUGUCAUCGAAGGGCCACACUGUCAUUCUCUUGGGCAAAGACUUACUCCAUCUGGCCGACAGCUCUUUCAACGACUCCUUGGACAAUAGGGUGACCCUUAAGCUGUGGUUGGCUGUUGUUGCGAAAGAUAUCGGCAUAGAGGACAAAGCCGGUGGCUACAGUUGUCGCAUGUUGAUAGGGGAUGAUGUGGUGCAGUAUUGCUCGAAGCAGGAUUUAACGGAAGCCCAUAUCAAGGGACAACUUCAAGGUCACGUUGGAGGUCGCUUGGUCCCGCUCCCAGGUGCCUACGAGAAUAAUCGCUGUCCGCAAUGGUUCAAGGUCGACGGAGGGCCCAACAUCGACCUGGUCUGGACCAGAGGAUACGAUACCGAAGAAGGCGCCGAUGUAUACCUGUGCCCGGUCGCAUUCGAGGGGCGAUGCCCUCAGGAAGUGGAGGGCUUCAAGAUGUCCUGUGACCCGCUCACCCCGGGCUGGGUCAAGGGGGAGCCAAAGCACCCGCAGGACUUGCCCUGCUCGAUUCCCUUCGUCUUCGUUGAACCGGACGCGAACGGUCAAUCGAAGGAGGCUAGUAUACUCCGAUCUCAGCGAAGGACGUUUCAGAGCCGAAGCAAAAUUCAUUUGAUCCUGAACGUCGCUUGUGGGAGGGGCCUCGAAGCGGAAGUAGUCAUCGGCGGAGAGCCCUGGAUAUCCUUGGACAGCAUCGUCUAUGAUGGCUGA